GUGGGGGGUGUCGCGGAUUGGUCCCGGCCGCGAGCUCAGCUGUGCCGGGCGCCCCGGGUCCCGGAGCCGGCGGCCUGAGGGAUGGACGAGACGAGCCCACUGGUGUCCCCCGAGCGGGCCCAACCCCCGGAGUACACUUUCCCGUCGGGCUCCGGCGCUCACUUUCCGCAGGUGCCGGGGGGCGCGGUGCGAGUGGCGGCGGCGGCCGGCUCGGGCCCUUCUCCGCCAGGCUCGCCGGGCCACGACCGGGAGCGGCAGCCCCUGCUGGAUCGGGCCCGGGGCGCGUCGGCCCAAGGCCAGACCCAGACCGUGGCGGCGCAGGCCCAAGCCCUGGCGGCGCAGGCCGCGGCGGCGGCGCACGCCGCACAGGCCCACCGCGAGCGGAACGAGUUCCCGGAGGACCCCGAGUUCGAGUUUGUGGUGCGUCAGGCCGAGUUGGCCAUCGAGCGUGGCAUCUUUCCCGAGCGCAUCUACCAGGGCUCGAGCGGAAGCUACUUCGUCAAGGACCCUCAGGGGAAGAUCAUUGCUGUAUUCAAACCCAAGAAUGAAGAGCCAUAUGGGCAGCUUAAUCCCAAGUGGACCAAGUGGCUGCAGAAGUUGUGCUGUCCCUGCUGCUUUGGACGUGACUGCCUUGUCCUCAACCAGGGCUAUCUCUCAGAGGCAGGGGCCAGCCUGGUGGACCAAAAACUGGAGCUCAACAUUGUACCCCGUACAAAGGUGGUACACCUGGCCAGCGAGACCUUCAACUAUAGUGCCAUUGACAGGGUGAAGUCCAGGGGCAAGCGGCUUGCACUAGAGAAAGUGCCAAAAGUGGGGCAGCGGUUUAACCGUAUCGGGCUACCGCCUAAGGUCGGUUCAUUCCAGAUCUUUGUUGAAGGCUACAAAGAUGCAGACUACUGGCUACGGCGCUUUGAAGCAGAGCCUCUCCCGGAGAACACCAACCGGCAACUCCUGCUGCAGUUUGAGCGGUUGGUGGUGCUGGAUUAUAUCAUCCGCAACACUGAUCGAGGCAACGACAAUUGGCUGAUUAAAUAUGACUGUCCUAUGGAUAGUUCUAGCUCUCGGGACACAGACUGGGUGGUGGUGAAGGAGCCUGUUAUCAAGGUGGCUGCCAUCGACAAUGGGCUGGCUUUCCCGCUGAAGCAUCCCGACUCCUGGAGGGCAUAUCCCUUUUACUGGGCCUGGUUGCCCCAAGCAAAAGUCCCCUUCUCUCAGGAGAUCAAAGAUCUGAUUCUUCCAAAGAUAUCGGACCCUAACUUCGUCAAGGACUUGGAGGAAGACCUAUACGAACUCUUCAAGAGAGAUCCUGGUUUUGACAGGGGCCAGUUCCAUAAGCAGAUUGCUGUCAUGCGGGGACAGAUCCUAAACCUGACCCAGGCCCUGAAAGACAACAAGAGCCCCCUGCACCUCGUCCAGAUGCCGCCCGUGAUCGUGGAGACAGCCCGUUCUCACCAGCGGUCUGCCAGCGAGUCCUACACACAGAGCUUUCAGAGUCGGAAGCCCUUCUUUUCAUGGUGGUAGCCCUAGAGGCAGGCAAAGGAAUUGCUGUCUGAGACUCGGGCUGGAAGGAAGCCUGGGGAGCCAGGUGCAGGAAAAGCAGAGGAGCUGGUGGAGAGUGGCGCCCUGAAGAGCCCUCCCUCCCUGCUCGCCACCCCCAGGGCUUUCCCACGCACAGGGAGAAGCACAGUCAGGGACAGUGAGUGCCCUUGGGUGUGAGUGCUGGGUGCCGCUGAAGGGCCGUGCACGCAGUCCAGGAGCCUGCAAAGGAGCAUCUCCCUUCCAGUGUCUCCUGGUGGCAGGCUGGGAAAGUCCCUUCCUUCCCUGACACCUUGCUCUGUUGCAAAAUUCCCUGUUAUAUUCUGCAUCAGAAAAACCAACCAACACAAACAGACUUAAAUGCUUGUAGCAGGUCCCCAGAUCCUCCUAUGUAGAACCUUUAAUCUAGACCUAAAUUUGCAGAGAGACAUUCGGUACCUCGCAGUUGCUUAUGUCAGAGGAGCUCGCAGCGCUGACAGACAGAAGGCCCACCUUUCCUUUGGGUUUUUGCCAAAUCUUCCCUUUCUCCUCUCACCACUGCUGUGGGCUGGCUGCAAGCCUCCAUGUCCUCACGGCAAGGAGGCGUUGGUGUGUACUGCCCCGUGGUUCUGCACACAACCGAGGCCCAGGCCUCUGCACUCUGCCCUGCUGCAGUUCGCCUGCCACUCAAGCCGACACCAGAGGGCUGGACAGGAUAGCAUUCCUAUCUGGACAGGAAACUGACGCCCGGCCUGGAAGGGCGAUAUGCACAGCCCAAGUGUGUGCCGGAAACAGCAAGUGCUCUCUGGGUGGACUUGCCCAGCCCUGCUUCUGGAGUCCUUGGUUCCAGCCCUCUGAUUUGUUCCCCUGUUCUUUUAAAUGUUUGUCUCCCCAACUCUCAGCUUAGGAGUUCAGUUCGGGCUCCGGAGUGGGUCCCUGAGAGGACCCUGGGGGUGAAUCUCGGCCCGUGAGAGGACAGGAUGUUAGGUUUUUGCAUUUCUUCAUGUGCUACCACUGUGGCUUGGUGGAAGAAACAGGGCAUUUAUGCUGCCCUCGGAUGGGCAGUUUCCCCUUUGCUUCCUGACUUCUUGUCCCAUGCUGGUUUUCUGUGGCCUCUCGAGCAAGGCAGGGCCCUGAGGACAGAGGCCUUCACACUGUCGCCAGUGCCUGUCCCCUCACAGUGCAUAUUCUCACUUCUCCCUGCUCCCCACCCCUGCCGAAUGGUCAAGCCCUUUCCACACCAAAGCAAAGAGUGGCCUCAGGAGGGAGUAAAAGGGUAUAUUCCCGUGGCUGUGGGGCAGCUGGGUUUAUGCCCUGUGGUUCUGGCAGCCUGCGACUGGGCAAUCAGCCUUGGAAAGAAACUAUCAUGAAGGUUUGAAAAACAACCAAAGAAAGGGAGUGAGAGUGAUGGCUGUGUCUGCUUGCCUGGCUCCUGCCACCCAGGAUGCAGAGCAGAGACGUAAACCUUGUCAGCUGGGCCUGCUGCUCCCCUUCCAUCCCCUCCCCCAGGAGCCAGCUUGUCCUGGGCUUCCACCCAGCUGACAAGAAGAUCUGCAAGAGCUGGACAUGCAUGCCCUGUGGACAGAGGCACGGUCCUGCCUGCCCAGUCCUGACAAUCCCAUCCAACUGACCUGAACUCUGGCCUUGGGAAGCAUGUUUGAGAGAGUACCUGCCUCCUGACCGCAGGAGCUAGUGCGGGACCCAGCACAUCCAGGAGCUCCAGGGUCCUGAGGAGCCUGAAGAGCAGCCUGGUGGCUUCACACAGCCAAGCCAGGUCUGCACAUUGUCCUGGUCCAGACCAGCUCUGUGAUCAAAAGGAAAUUGGGUCCAGUGUAAGAGGGAGCCGGUCCCAGACCUGGCAGGCAAAAAAGUGUGGGACUUCCUUCCCUGGCCUGUCUACUCUCUCCUGAAGCUUGUGCUCAGGUUGCCUUGAAUGUGGACUUUGGGAGGGCCAGGGGCCCAGGGUGCCAGGGCGCCAGGGCAGGCUUCUGGUGGCACUCCCGGAACGGCUCAUCCCUCUGCGGCCCUGGGCCCUGUUCCCUGGUGUCAGGGAGUAGAGGCUGGGCUGCGAGUGCUGCUGCCCCUGUGUCACUCUUCUAAUGCACUGUAGAAAUUGUAUGUAAUGUAUUUAAAUCAAUGCAGAUGUAUGAAUAACAAAUCCAAUUCUGA